AUGAAGGUUCUCCUUGUCCUCCUGCUGGGAACCAUCCUGUGCUUGGACUCAGGUUCUUCUUUGCAGUGUUACAGCUGCUCAUUACAGGUCAGCAACUCCAAAUGUAACACGAAGGACAAGAUCGUGAACUGCAAAAAUAAUGAGACGUGCAAGACAGAUGUGAUCAAGGUUGGGUUCCUGAAGCUCAUCAGCAAAAGUUGUGACGCGUCAUGCUCACCAUCCUAUCAUGACAACAGCGUAAGCUCAAGGAAUGUCACCUGCUGCAGAAGUGACAACUGCAAUGUCAAUGCAGCAGGCAGUGUGAGGUCCAGCUACGGGAUGGCAGCAGGGUUAGUUGCCAGCAUCCUCUGGUCCUUCUUGAACAACAGACUGUGA